AAACAAAAGUAGUGAUUUAGAAUAACUGAGAAAUCAAGCUCACGACUCAGCGCCCUCAGGAAAUCGCCAUACAAAAUGCCCUCUAACAGCCAUCCCCGUUUAGUGUUCUAUUUGUUGUGUGUGGCCUCCCUGCUGGCGGUGGCCCGCUCCGAGACCGUGAGUAUUGUGGAACCCAACGAAGAUUUGGCCUACGAAGCUACACAACAAUUGGGGCUGCUCAAUCAUCGUCUUAAUCUGCUGAGGCUAGAAGAAGAAUCCCGACAAGUUUCUCUUCCCAAUGUGACAGUGGACAAUAUACUGAGUCGGAUACCAUGCACCUGUGACAAAGGAGUGUGCAAAUGUUGUGCAGGAUUUCUCGCUGUAAUUGGCAUGAAUUCCUGCACUGAGUUGGUCUAUAGGCCAGAAGAAUUCUCCUUUGAGUUGCGCAUGAGAGUCAACAACAAUGUGUGGUUUAAGCGCAAGGUUUCUGGCAAAAAUCCUCCUCCCAUGUGCUUUAGACCACCAAGAUUCAGUUUUGCCCAGGCCUGCAUACAGUUUCAUGAUAUUUGGUUUAUUGGCCGCAAUAUGCAUGUGUGCAUGUAUAUGUCCGGUUCAUUUCAAGGAUAUGAAUUGUUUGAGAGAAACUUCGAUUGUUUAUUGUUUGGCGAUAAAGGCGUAAAAAUUGUCAAGCCCGAAGAUGGUUAUCCUGUACGCCCCACAGAUGUGGAGAUAGACGAGGACAAUGAUGACAUCGAGGAUUACGAUGAAAAUGUAGUGCGCAAGAAAAGGCAUUUUCAUAGUAGAGCUUAA